AUGCUCCUGGGGUUCGAUGGGCUGAGGAAUGCUAUCCUAGCUUGUGGCGCAUCACAUAUGCAUCACCUCACGGGAAGUUCUCAACUGAACGAAGCUGGUAUUCGGUACUAUGCCCGUGCUGUAUCGGGCAUUAAUCGCACCCUGACAAGAAUCGACUGGAGUCGUGAUGAUUUCAAUGAUGCGCUGCUGCAAGCCAUCAUCCUCCUGUAUAUCCAUGGGGUGUUCAAUGUCGACACCAACAAGGAUAUCGGCAAGCAUGUGGCGGGGGCCACGCAACUGAUGAAGCUUCGAAAUGCUCAUUCGAGGCGGGCGCCAAUGCCACGCCCAAUCCACCGAAUAAUAUGGGAGAGUAUCCUUUACCAGAUAUUCCGCCAAACCGCCAACCGUCCUUUUGCAGUUGAGUUUCAGCCUGAUUUUGAAUUCUGUGCAAAGGCACAAGAGACUUUGCAGUCUCUGACAUUUCCAGACGCCUCACCAGCUGAUAAUAGUCCGGUGAUUGGAUUCCCGCUGUCACUGCAGACGCUCAUCAUCGAAAUUGUGCAGCUCUGCAAAAGUCCAGCAAAACCAAACGCAGAUUUUGGGAGACUCUCAGAAGAGAUGCAGCACUGGGAAAGAUCAAUCCUUAGAGAGGACCACUGCGUGAAAGAAGAGGGUAAAUGGGCCACGAAAAAGCCCUCUGAGCGAGCUCGAAUCUUCCAUCAACAUUCCACGAGUCUUCAUAUUCUUGCUGCGUCGCUUCUCCUCGAUUGGGUGAUGCGCUCGCACGAAGUGUGCGACUUGGAUUCACCCCUGCCGCCCACGGGUGAUACCUGGCAAGUUCGUAGAGGACUUGCUAUUCUACGGUGCGCACAAGCCAACGAAGAAUGGUCGAGGUGUUACCUUGGUUCCUGGCCGACUCUGAUCUUCGGGUAUGCGGUCGACAAGUCCGAGGAUAUUGCUCUUGUCCGGCGUGACCUGAAACAACGAUAUCAGAAUAUUUGCUCGGGUGAAGAAUUGCUCUUCCUGGAGGAGUUGGAGUAUGUGUGGCAUUCCGAGGGGGAUUUCUGUGCAGGAGCUUGA